UAGACGAUCGCGCACGUCGUCAGGAAUUCCACGAAUUCUGGCCAGGGAUGCGUCCUAGGGGAUGGAUGUAUCUUCCCCCUCUCCCCUCCUGGGUGGCGACAUAUCCCCAUCACCCCUGCUCUUCUUGCCCCCUCCUCCCUGGCGAUGUAUCCUCCCCUCUCCCCCAAUCCCAGGCAACGUACCCGCCCUUCCCUCUCCCCUCCCUCGUCCUUCCCCACUCCUCUCUCAUGCUCACUCUCUCCACUCUUCCCUCCUCUCCCAUGGUUUCUCCCCUAUCCCUACCUCCACCGCGCGCCACUACCUUCGCCUCGCGCGCCCUCCACGCGCUUUCCUCUUCCCGCUUCCCGCCUCCCCUCCCCUUUCCCCUGCUCUCCCCUUUCCCCCGCUCUCCCCUUUCCCCUGCUCUCCCAUGGUGUCUCCCCUAUCCCCUCCCUCACCACACCGCGUGCCCCCAUAGGGCGCGUAGUCGCCUCGACAGUGCGGACGUGCGACCCGCCCGACCUUGUAGACGCGCGACCCGCCCAGCCGUGCGGACGUGCGCCUCGACCCAGCGGGGCACGGUGCGCCUCGUCGUCGAACGCGGAGGGGGAGUACGUAUCGUCGGACGUGCGGAGAGGGAGUGCGCAUCGUUGGACAUGGAGCGACCGCGCGCGUCGGGUGUGGAUCGACAGUACACGUCGUCAUGCACUCCCCUCUCUCCCAGCCCAGGCGCCGAUCCAGAAGCGUGCACGCCGUCAGAAAUCCACGAAACCUGGCCGGGGGUGCGUUUCGGGUGAAUUCCCCUCCCCCCCUCCCGGGCGAUGUACUGUAUCCCGCCCUCCCAGGCAACGUGCCCGCCCCUCCCUCGCCCAGGCGAUGUGUCCGCCCCCUCCCAAACGAUGUAUCCCCCCUCCCAGGGCGACGUGUCCUCCCUCCCUCCCGGGCGACGUGUCCUCCCCCUCCCAGACGAUACUUUCUCCCCUCCUGCCCUUCCGCGCGCUGUAUCCUCCCCCCUUCCCUCCCCGUCUGCGUGAAUGAGUGUCGUUACCGCCUCUGCGCGGAUAGGUAUCCAUACUGCAGUGAUGAGGCAAGCGCAAGAGCGCACUGAUGAGGAAAGAGCGCACUGCUCACCAGAAAAAUAAGCGCACUGCUUUGUUUCCAGAAAAGCGCAAU